AUGAGCACAGCAGCCCCUCCAGCACGGCAGGAUCCUCUGACGGCCACCCCGGCCAGGUAACCGACGAGGUCGCCUCGCCUCGCCCGUCUUCUUUGCAGUGAGGUUCUGCUGUCGUGCAGGGUGGUGGCGAUGAUGACCGGAUGAUGCGUCUGCUCCGUGAGAUGGAAUUGGAGGGUUGUUCGAAGCUCGCUCCCAUAGCGUGAGUUGGGGUCAAAAAGGGAUGGUUCGUGGGCAAAAUGCAUGCGUCCAGAUGGUUUGUGUUUGCAGUGAGGAGGAGGAUGACUACGCUGCCCUCGUCAAGCCCAAGGGAAAGAAGGGCAAGAAGCGCAGCACCAACCGCCAGCAGCAGGAGCAGGCCGACUCGACGCGCCAGCAGCAUGGGGGCAACAGGGGCGGGGUGAGUGAGGACAGGAAAGACACAGUGGUUGUGGUGUGCUGUGGUGUGGUGUGGUGUGGUGUGGCGACGCUGACCAUCUGUCUGUCUGUUUGUAUUGAUUGUACCCUCUGUGUUUUUGUAGGUGGUGCAGACCAAGUUGCGCCUCGGCAACAUCUCCAAGGACGACGAGGACCAGCCGCCCGAGUCGUUCCUACACGUAAGGACACCCACCCGCUCGCCCGCCACACCGUCAGUCAGUCCAUCGUGCAUCCAUCGCCAUUUGACACAUCUGAAAGCCGGAAUGCCUCCCUUUUGUGUGAGCAGCCCAAGUUGCCCUCCAUCUGCUCCAAGCUCGACAGUCCCUCGCCUGGCCCCAAUCUCGCCCCCGUAGGCACAGCACACAUCAUCCAUUCCACACCACAGCUGAUGUAAGUCACACACAACGAGCCUGCACACUCCCCCUCUGUCUCUGUCUCUCCCUCUGUGUGUGUGUGUGUGUGUGGAUGCCUCCAGAAUGAGGUGGACGUCAUCAACAAUCUGGCCGCCAAGAACGGCCAAGGGGUCAUCAUCUCCAAGACCAAGGGCAAGAUUAAGUGGAGCAAGGGGUUCCCAGGACCCAGCUCGGGCGCACCGCACGACAGAGAAUCGCAACGGCAGCAGCGGCGGCGGCAUCCCACAGCCAAGGCAGCUCAGCACGAGAGGUGGAUUUGUCGAACUAACCAGCAGCAAGUGCGAAGCGAGUUCAAGCGCCUCAGCAGCGUCCAGAAAGGUGCCUUGGCCUCUUCUAGCAUAUCAAGAGGCACACACAGUAAGCUGUGACAGGCACCCGUCAGUGCAGAAGUAGUUUUUGGCGCCUUCCAGCCGUCGUCAUGGCCUCCCCCAACAGCCAUGCUGCGUCAUCAGCAGCAGCAGCGUCACGCCCCGCCCACACUCUCCGCCUACUCGACGGCCGUCAGAUAGCCCUCGGCCGCCGUCUCAACGGCAACGCCACGGCCAUCGGCCGCGUCUACGAGACCGAGCUGCCUCCCACCGGCGGCGCCAGAUCGUCAGCGCUGAAGCUGUUUGUCCUGCCCAGCAACCACGCGGACAAGAGGGAGCGGCUGAUCAAGGAUCCCGAGAUCGGGCAAGUGCGGCGAGGACUCGCCCCUCGUCGGCACAUACGAGCCCCACUGCCAUACCGACCCCAGCAGCCCCGCCACGCUCGUCAUCGAGCACCAGCACGGCCACGUGGUGAGGAGGAGUGUCUGGUCAUUGCUCUACAGCUGUUGGCAGGUGAGGGGGCGAUGCAUGCAGACCAAUACACGAUUCAUGCACACAUGGACCUCUCUGUGUCUCUCUUUUCUGUGUUAGGCAAGGAGUGGCAGCCGGUCGACGACUUCCUGAAGGAGCACAGCUUCAGCAAGCUGGCUCAGCUGAAGGAGACGAGGCCGAGAAGGACCCCGAGGACAUGGAGGGUCGAUGGCAGGCACAGCACAAGAGACAUGAUGUCUUCUCCGUCUGUCGAGUAUUGUUUGGUGUGGUGUCGGUAUGGUCAGGUCGCUCGAGGUUCGUUGUCUACAUUUUAUAUCUUCGUCGAUUCUUUGAGGAAGCUCCAAUGAACGCCAUGUUGCAGCUUCGCCGCGUGUCAGCUCUCCCACGACACCAACCUUUCUCUCUGUACUUCUGUCAAUAAUGAUGGUGCCCUCAACUCUGGAUGAUGUGCCUCACAUUCAUCCAUCCAAGUAAGACAGGCACAUAGACAGCAGACGAGACAGACAAAGAUGUCGCUUGCUCUUGUUGUUUGCUUGCCUGUCGUCCUCAGCCGUGACGCGUCAGCUGCUGGAGAUCCUCCCUUGUCGGGCCGCGACGUGGGUCUCGCCCGCACUGCACGUGUCGAGAACGAGAUGUUCGGCGCAGAAGAGGAAAUACGUCAGCCAACGACCCACACUACACCGAGCGCCGCACGCUA